AUGCUUCCUGACAAAGUGACCGUGGCGCCUCUGGUGCUGUUAUCGGUAGUAGACCAUUACAAUCGGUCUCAGCAAGGUGCUAAUAAGCGAGUAGUUGGCGUUAUUCUCGGAGACACCCGCAAGGGAGUUGUCCGAGUGGCCAACAGCUUUGCUGUUCCAUUUGAGGAAGACGAGCGGAACCCGGAUGUGUGGUUCCUCGAUCACAACUACAUUGAGGGCAUGCAGGAUAUGUUCAAAAAGGUAAACGCGAACGAACGCCUGAUUGGCUGGUACCAUUCAGGCCCCAAGCUGCGCGCCGCAGAUUUGCAGAUUAACGAGCUGUUCAAGCGGUACACCCCCAAUCCCUUGUUGUUGAUUGUGGACGUCAAGCCAAAGGAUGUCGGCAUUCCUACGGAUGCUUAUAUUUCGAUCGAGGAGGUCAAAUCCGACGGGUCAAUGUCUGGCCGUACGUUUGUGCACGUUCCGUCCGCCAUCUACGCUGAAGAGGCCGAGGAGAUUGGUGUCGAGCAUCUGCUCAGAGACAUCCGCAAUGCAGCAGCCGGCACGCUUUCAACCCGGCUCACUGCUCAGCUCACAUCGUUGCAGGGCCUAGAUGGCCGUUUGAGAGAUAUCGCCAACUACCUUGACCGCGUGCUCCAGGGCAAGCUGCCCGUCAACCAUGUGAUCCUAGGCAAGCUCCAGGACGUGCUGAACUUACUGCCUAAUUUGUCGGGUGCCCAUUCUGGCGAGCUAACUAAGGCAUUUACUGUCAAAACUAACGAUCAGCUCAUGGUUGUCUACCUGAGCUCGGUCGUCCGGGCUAUCAUUGCUUUCCACAAUAUGAUCGAUAACAAGAUCCAAAAUAAAAACGUUAUCCACAGUGGAGACAAAGCAGCAGCGCACAGCUAG